UGCAUCCAGGACCGUUGGCUUUGGGUCGACUACCGCAUACACGAAAAGAGGAUAUGCGACGACACUGAAGAGCGAAUUGGGAGCUGUUCCGAGAUCAUCGGAGAGCCUUUUCGAUUUAUCAAACCCAUUUACCGAGGUUUUGACAAAAAUGAAUGAGAAAGAACAGCUCCAUGGGCUGAAUGACCGUUUCGCCGGAUUCAUAAAGAAGGUGCAUCAAUUGGAGCAUGAAAAUGAAUUGUUUGAGAGGGAAAUCGAGGAAAUCAAACUAAAGGCACAGUCCCCUGCGUCUCUGGCCCAGGAGCACGAGCCGGAGCUUAUGGACCUGAGGAACCUAGUUCAUGACAUCACCCUUCAGAAGCGUCAGAUCGAGAUAGAGCAUCAGAACCUGGAGGAAGAUUUCCUCACCUUGAGAGACAAGUAUGAGCAGGAGGCACGUGACCGCUCGAACGCAGAGAACGGCAUCCUUGUGCUGAAAAAGGACGCCAACGAUGCAUACCUCGCCAAACUUCAGUUGGACAAGAAAGUGCAGUCUCUGGUGGACAAGAUCCACUUCCUGAAGAAGAACCAUGAGGACGAGGUAUCAGAAAUGGUGGCCCAGAUCCAAGAGGCUCAAGUAACGGUAAAGGCGCACGACUUUGGCAAACCUGACAUCACAGAGGCUCUCCGGGACAUCCGUGUGCAGUUAGAAGGUCACGCCACCUCCGACUUUCAGCAAGCCGAGGAGGGCUUCCGUGUCCAGUUCACAAAGUUAACCAAAGCGGCAGAAAGUAACAGAGAGGCGUUGAAGGCAACCCAACAGGAGAUCCAGGAGAAUAGAAGGCACCUGCAGGGGAAAACAAUUGAACUGGACUGUGGGAAAGGAAUGAGAGAGGCCCUGGAAAAACAACUACAAGAGCUGGAGGAGCGUCACUAUGCGGAAAUGAUUCAUUACCAGGACACUAUCAGGCAGCUGGAGAAUGAGCUGACCAAUGCUAAACUAGACAUGUCUGGCUACCUGAGAGAGAACCAGGACCUGCUGAAUGUCAAAAUGGCUUUGGAUGUGGAGAUUCUCUCUUACAGGAAACUCCUGGAGUGUGAGGAGUCCCAUCUGUACACCAUGCCUGACACCCACAUCUCCAUGCCCUGCAUCUACCGCCAGUCCCCCAUCUACACCCUGCCUUGCCUGGCCCGGCAGGGAGGGCCCAUACGCAGGUCUGAGCCCCAGUACAAGUUUGUUGAGGAGAUCAUCUCUGAGACUACCAGAGACAUGGAGAUGUCCGAGAACGAGGAGACAGGCUCCGAGGAGACGGUCGGGGGAGAGGGAGACGAGUUGAGACAGAAGCAGGGAGAAGAGAGUGACAAAGCUGAGAGGAGGAGUGGGGAAGAGGAGGAUGAGGACAAAGAGAAAGCUAGAGGUAAAGUGGAUGUUGAAGUGGACGCCCCGGAGGAAGAGGGUGAACAGGAGGAAGAGUCUAAGAGACAGCAAAUGGUAACAUCAGCAGAGGUCGAGGUAAAUGGAGAUGGAGUUAGCCCUAGUGAGGAAAAUGGAGAGGAGGGAGAUGAUGAAAGAGAGGAGACAAAGGGGGGUGAGCCAGAUGCAAUCAAAAAGACAGAGGACAUUGACAGAGGUGAAAAUACACAAAGUGAAGUCAAAUCAGCUGAGGCCACUAGUGAGGGAGAGAAUGAAAAACUGGACACAACAGAGAAGCUAGACAGCGAGAUAAAUGAGACAUUAGAAAAAGAUGACACCCCAAAACAUGGCAAAUCCCAACCAGGGAUUCCCAUGAAUGGUGACAUCUCAACAGAACCCAAAACGUCAGAGUCAGAGGAUAGCAAAACAGGAAGUUCAAUAAAGGGUGAACCACAGGGCCCCACAGAGGACAUCUCCAAAGAACCCAAAAAGGUGUCAGAGGAGAGAAAAAAAGAAAUCCCUUUAAAAGAGAGAAAAAAUGUAGAUCUGAAAGAGGAGAGUGCCCCAACAGAGCAACAACAAGACAGCCCAAAAGAAAGUCCCAUCAAAGAGAAAAAAAAGGUCAAUCUGACAGAGCAGAAUGCCCCAACACUGGAGCAGAAACCUGAUCAGAAGGAGCACAGAGAGUCAGACCAACCUCAAGAGGCAGAGAGUGCUGUGACAACACAAGAAGAGGAUCUCCCUGAGCCCACAGAGAAGGACAUGGAAUCCCCUGAUAACACUGCAGAGCUCAACAGCAGUUCAACCAAGGAGACAGUGGAGCAGGUGAGGUCACCUGAUGAUUCUGGUGUAAAAACGACACAAGAUGAGAGAACAGUAGGAGGUAAAAGGCCAUACAGAAUUCUCAGCACAACAAGUGAGUGUAAGGAAGAGUCUGUGCAAAAGACUCCUAAACAGGAGGUGGGUCCGAGAGAGCAAAAAGUGAGCAGCAAGGAUGAUAGUGUAAAAAGUGUUGUGCAGAAUGAACAUAAUGGCAGUGAAAAGGUCACAAAAUAUGUCUCAAUGGGUGAGGAAAACGGGAAAGAAUCUGAGACAUCCCCUAAACCCGACGUCACUGUCACUCCUAAAGAAGAAACAACCCUGCAACCAGAGCCAACUGUCACCCCUAAAGAGGAGACAUCCCCUAAACCGUACCCCACUGUCACUCCUAAAGAGGAAACAUCCCCAAUACCAUUCCCGACUGUCGCCCCUAAAGAGGAAACAUCCCCUAAACCAGAUCUAGCAGUCACCCUAAAAGAACAAACCUCCCCAAAACCAGAACUCGCAGUCACCACUAAAGAAGAAACUUCCCCAAAACCAGAACUAGCAGUCACCACGAAAGAAGAAACUUCCCCUAAACCAGAACUAGCAGUCACCGCUAAAUUAGAAACUUCCCCAAAACCAGAACCAGCAGUCACCGCAAAAGAAGAAACUUCCCCAAAACCAGAACUAGAAGUCACCACUAAAAAAGAAAUGUCCCCAAAACCAGAACCAGUAGUCAUCCCAAAAGUAGAAACUUCCGGAAAACCAGAACUUGCAGUCACCCCUAAAGUAGAAACUUCCGCCAAACCAGACUCAACCAUCACCCCUAAAGAAGAAAUGUCCCCAAAACCAGAACUAGCAGUCACCCCUAAAGUAGAAUCUUCCCCUAAACCGGACCCCAUUGUCACCACUAAAGAGGAGGCCUCCCCUAAACCGUACCCCACUGUCACUCCUAAAGAAGAAACAACCCUGCAUCCAGAGCCAACUGUCACCGCAAAAGAGGAGACAUCACCACAACAGGAGCCAAUCGUUACCUCUAAAGAGGAGACAUCCCCUAAACUAUACCCCACUGUCACCACUAAAGAGGAAACAUCCCCAAAACCAUUCCCCACUGUCGCCCCUAAAGAAAAGACAUCCCCUAAACAAGAACUAGCAGUCACUGCUAAAGAAGAAACUUCCCCAAAACCAGAUCUAGCAGUCACCCCUAAAGAACAAACAUCCCCAAAACCAGACUCAACCAUCACCAAGAAAGAAGAAACUUACCCAAAACCAGAACCAGGAAUCACCCCUAAUGAAGAAACUUCCCCAAAACCAGAACUAGCAAUCACCACUAAAGAAGAAUCUACGCCAAAACCAGAACCAGCAGUCCCUCCUAAAAAUGAAACAUUCCCCACUGUCACUCCUAAAGAAGAAACUUCCCCAAAACCAGAACCAGCAGUCACCACUAUAAAAGAAACUUCCCCAAAACCAGAACCAGCAGUCACCCCUAAAGUAGAAACCUCUCCAAAACCAAAACCAGCAGUCACCCCUAAUGUAGAAAUUUCCCAAAAACCAGACAUCACUGUUACUCCUAAAGAAGAAACAACCCCAAAACCAGAACCAGCAGUCACCCCUAAAGUAGAAACCUCUCCAAAACCAAAACCAGCAGUCACCCCUAAUGUAGAAAUUUCCCAAAAACCAGACAUCACUGUUACUCCUAAAGAAGAAACAACCCCGCAACCAGAGCCAACUGUCACUCCUAAAGAGAAGACAUCCCCUAAACCGUACCCCACUGUCAACCCUAAAGAGGAGACAUCCCAGCAACAGGAGCCAACAGUCACCCCUAAAGAAGAAACAUCUCCUAAACUGUUCCCCACGGUUGCCCCUAAAGAGGAGAAAUCCCCUAAACCAGAACUAGCAGUCACCACUAAAGUAGAAACUGCCCCAAAACCAGAACUAGCAGUCACCACUAAAGUAGAAACUGCCCCAAAACCAGAACUAGCAGUCCCGAACAGAGAAGAAACUUCCCCAAAACCAGAACCAGCAGUCACCGCUAAAUUAGAAACUUCCCCAAAACCAGAACUAGCAGUCACGAACAGAGAAGAAACUUCCCCAAAACUAGAACCAGCAGUCACCGCUAAAGUAGAAACUUCCCCAAAACCAGAUCUAGCAGUCACGAACAAAGAAGAAACUUCCCCAAAGCCAGAACCAGCAGUCACCGCUAAAUUAGAAACUUCCCCAAAACCAGACCCAACCAUCACCCCCAAACAGGAAAUAUCCCCUAAACCAUACUCAACCCUCACCCCAGAAUCAACGACCAACCCUAAACCAUACUCAACCCUCACCCCAGAAUCAACGACCACCCCUAAACCAGACUCAACCCUCACCCCAGAAACAACGACCACCCCUACAGAAGAGAGUGAAACGAUGGGCAGUGGUGACAAAGCUAAGACAAUCACACCACCAGAGAAACAGAUGCCUGCAGUUGUAGAGAGCAAGGACUCACACAGGGGGGCGCCAGAAAGCAACACAACUCAGGAGAAACCAGAGGAAAGUAUGGACAAAGAGCCUGAGAAGGAACCCAAAGAUGGAACCCCAAAGACAGAGAGCGUGAAGACCAAGGCCUCUGAGUUAAAACCUGAACAUGUUGAGAUAUCUAUUACAAAGACAUCACCAGUGAAAGAACAGGAUGUAUCAGCCGUGGGUUUGAAAGAUCAGACAGUUGAUGAGAAGAUAACAGAACAGGUGCAAUUUUAAAUAGACGAGAACUGAUUUACAGGAGGUGAUGGAGAGAGCAAAGAUGACAAAACUGCGAACAGGACAAGCCGCUGAGUCAAUCGCAGCAAAGCAAGCUAAACCUAAAACUUGGGACUUAACCUCUUUAUAUAAUGACUAGAUUUAGAGGUCAGUAGAGGUUUUCUUUAAAACUGCAUGGUUAGUACAAGCCUUUAAAGCAAUAUGAGAACUGAUCCGCAGUAAAUAUUAACUGACACUUAAUAUGUAAAGUAUCAUGGUUCGUGACUGUCAAUUAUGACCAGGGCCGUAACUUUCACUGGAGAAAGGGGGGACAUGUCCCCCUCCCACAUUCUGAAAUAGUUUUUUUGUCCCCUCCGUUUCAACAUUGGAAUAUGUUACAAAACGAGGCAGUGGUGUGCUUUUGGACCAUGUGGAUGCCUCCAAGUGGUCGGGUAGGCUGUUUGGAGUGUUUAUCCGACUGGAUAUGAUUUUAUUUUUUACAAUAAUAAUAACACUGCCCCACUUCUAAAACCAAAGAUGCGCCCCUGAUUAUGAGGCACAAUUAAUGAACUCCUGCAAGAGAGAUGUACUGUAAUAUUGAAUGUAACAAAUCAAAAGCUGUAUUUUGCUGUAUCUAUUUACUUCUCACUAAUGGAUGAUAAUAUGCAUAGGGAUGAUAAUGAGAAUGGUUGAUAAUGUGAUAUGAUCAUGCCUGAAUAUGCUGAGCAAUAAAUGAUAUUUGAAGAGCACUUCUGUUUCCAGCUAUUCUUACAUACUGUGCUGUAUUUCACCUGAUAAGAUGGCAUCACAUAUAGAAUUUCUCAAAAUUUCUUCCCGAUGCAGAAGCUAGGUGAAAUCCAACAGCA